ACAGUGGGCUCUCGGAAAAGUUACAAAAGUAUUUCCAUUUAAAAUCCCUUCAAAAGCGAAUGUGAAGCCCCAAAACACACGCACACACGCGCUUUUCCAGUGCAAAAGCCCAUUGCAAUACCGCGAAAAGAGAGAGAGAGAGGAGAGGAAGAAAAGCGCUCCCAGCACGGCGCACGCACGACGCACGCACUUCCCUGCAGACGAUGACACAGAACGUACCGAGAACGGCCGUCCGUCGUACCCUGUAGCCAGCGCCGUCUGUGUUGAGCCGUCGUCUAUUGUUUUGCGUGCUGCCAGCCAGUGCAGUUCGGUCUUUCGGAGCGUCCGCGGCUUUCCCGUUCCGUUCGGAUCAGCAGUGCGGAAAAUUCUUAAACCCACCCAACCACAAACCCCGAAGAUACCGACCGAGAUCAAUAACCCCGUCCGUGGAAAGUGUACGAGCGUUUGUGUGUGUGUGUGUGUUUGUGUUUGGUGGCCAGUUCCGGUGGCCAAGCUUGUGCGCCUGUGUGUGUGUGUGUUUGUGCGCGCGCGUUUGUGUACUUUCCGCUCGGCCGUCGGAGGGGUGGGUUUUUUUCUUUUUCAUCGGAGCAACCAAAGCUACUCACACACAGUAGAGUAACCCGUCGGUGGCUGUCUGGUGUGGAAGUCGCAAAAGUUUCCCUCCUUCCACCUGUUCUGGGUGUGUGGGUUGGUGUGUGCGACAAGUGUACAACGAGUGAUUCGAUCGGCCCAGUGUUUAAAGUCCAAGUGCGCGAGGACAUCAGUCCGAACGGUUGAACCAAAAUAAAAGCAGCAUGAGCGCGACCGACGGUGGAGGUGCCGAGCUGAGGCGAAGGUUGCUAGCGGAAGGGGAUGCUGGUCAGCAGCAGCAGCAACAGCCACAGGGACAGGAAAGCCCUAAACAGCCGCAACAACAACAACAACCACCGGAGUGUGCUACCACGGAAAAUUCGGACCAUGUCGAUUCGGAAACCGAAACCGAGGAGCGAAUGCCGGACGAGAAGUACGUCGACGAGAUGGCCAAAAAGCUUCCCCAGGGAACGAACAAAAUGCCCGAGGUGCUGGGCUAUGUGCUAAGCGGACUGCCCGAUAGAUGGAAGAACUGGGUGAUACGUGGCAUCUUUACCAUGAUUAUGAUCAGCGGCUUCUGUCUCAUCAUCUACGGUGGUCCGCUAGCGCUGAUGGUUACGGCUCUAGCCGUGCAGGUGAAAUGCUUCCAGGAGAUUAUCUCGAUCGGCUACUCCGUGUACCGCAUCCACGGGCUGCCCUGGUUCCGCAGCCUGUCCUGGUACUUCCUGCUUACGUCCAACUACUUCUUCUACGGCGAAAAUCUGGUCGACUACUUCGGUGUUGCAGUGAGCCGCGUGGACUCGCUACGUUUUCUAGUCAAGUACCAUCGCUUCCUGUCGUUCUGUCUGUACUGCAUCGGCUUUGUCUGGUUCGUGCUGUCCCUGGUGAAGAAGUACUACAUGAAGCAGUUCAGCCUGUUCGCCUGGACGCACGUGGCGCUGCUGAUCGUCGUCACGCAGAGCUACCUGAUCAUACAGAACAUUUUCGAAGGGUUGAUCUGGUUCAUCGUGCCCGUAUCGAUGAUCGUGUGUAACGAUGUGAUGGCGUACAUGUUUGGGUUCUUCUUUGGCCGCACACCGCUGAUACAGCUUAGCCCGAAGAAAACGUGGGAAGGCUUCAUUGGCGGUGGGUUUGCGACGGUCAUCUUUGGCCUGAUUGCGUCGUACUUCCUGUGCCAGUUCCAGUUCUUCGUCUGCCCGAUCGAGUACUCGGAGACGGAGGGACGCAUGAUCAUUGAGUGUGAGCCGAGCUAUCUGUUCCGGCCGCAGGAGUACAGCAUCGCAUUGUUUGGCGCAAGCAAAACGAUCACGAUGUAUCCGUUCCUCCUGCACUCGCUCUCGAUGAGCAUCUUCAGCUCGGUGAUUGGACCGUUCGGUGGCUUCUUUGCUUCCGGAUUUAAGCGUGCGUUUAAGAUUAAGGAUUUCGGCGAUAUGAUUCCCGGACACGGUGGCAUUAUGGAUCGUUUCGACUGUCAAUUCUUGAUGGCAACGUUUGUGAACGUUUACAUCUCCAGCUUCAUCCGUUACGCUUCACCGCAGAAGCUGCUAAACAUGGUAUACAAUCUUAAGCCCGAAGAGCAGCUGCAGCUGUUCAAUCAGCUAAAGGACAGCCUGGAAGAGCGAAACAUUAUCAACCUUUAAGUUGCCCGAAGCCGAGCGCAAAACAAGUGUGUGUGUGUGUUACCCCCCGCUACCGCGCUGCUCGUCGCCUGUUAUUUGUUGUAUUAUGUGUUUUUGUGUAUGGUUUUUUUUUCGCUGUUCAUUAGUGUUUUUGUUUGUGUUUGUUUUAACACCUUAGUUUAUUUACAUACCAUUUAGGUUUUUUUGUUUGCCAUUCGGAAGCAAUGGAAGAAAGAGAAAAGAAAGCAAAAAACCCCGACACCAAUGCUCGAAAAUGGGAAAUCAGCAAACGACGCUUUAUUUUGGUGAUGCUGCUGUUUUGCGUAAGCGAGAGAGAGACUAAUCUUACCAUUUAUAUGUGUAUGAUCUACUAACUAUUACGUUUGGCUAUUCCGAACGUGUAUCGGCACUAAGACUAAGAGCUUUGAAGAAGGGAGGGAAAACCAGGCCAAACGAGAGAGAGAUACUCCCCAGUAGCGGAACCAAUCAAACCACGAUGAUCUCGCUAGUUCGCAAUCAGUGCUGGGGGGGUCUGGAAGAAUGAUACCGCCUCGGCUUCACAAGUAUUCUGCUAGGAGGCGUGUUAGGCAAACGAUAGAUGAUACACAUUUUCUGUACGUAGAAUUGAUAAUUUCCCCUUACAUGUUUUUUUUUACAAAAUGACAAGGUCGUGUGUGUGGCAGGCGCGUUGCAGGUGUGUGUGGAUGCGUUUUGUGUUUGCCUUUUAAGUUAUCAAUGAUACACACCCCGUUAGCGAAAUGGAUGGAAAGGGAAGGAGUGUGAAACAAAAUCGAAGCGCGGAUAGUUGCCUGUUUUGUGUGCGCCAAUUUUCCGGAACAACACGUGUGUGCGAUGAAGCGUUGUUGCUUAUUGUGCAACGCAGCAAUAAGAUAUUCAGCGCCGCAGCAUGGGAAAUUGUGCACAAGACAAGGCAGCUCCAUACGCAAUCGAUGGCUAGAACAAAAUACGUGUAAUGAUUGUGGUCAAACACACAGACCAGCAGCAGUAGCAUCAUAAUCGCAUAUAUUUAAUCGAACUGAAAACAAAAAAAUCCAGGCUUUCAUUCCGCAAUUUGAGUGAUUUCUUGAGUGGAAGUGGAGUGGAGAGUGGAGAAAACAAAAUGGAUGAUUAUAAUAUGUAGGAAAAGGAGAGCAGACAUAGUUUUGUGCAAUAAUAUAUUAUAUACUAUAUAUACACACAUGUAUAUGUAGCUAAAUGGGACUGAAAAUGCCCCAGCGAGGGAGAUAGAGAGAGCGAACGGUAGUGGAAGAUUGCAAGAUUACCAGAUCGCAGAUAUCGUAAACAUACACACACAACACAGAUAAACAAACCACUCUCUCACAUUAGCGUAAGAAGAGGGAGAACCGUUCCAUUUGACCGUUGGAAACCUAGUCCGAUAUGGAGGAAAUCCACAAACACAAAUCCACACUGCAUGUUGUUAUGGUGCGCGCUCUGACAACCGAUAGGCAAGAGGACCUCUCAACCAUCCAGAGGAGGAAUGCCAAUGCCGAGGGAAAAUUAGGGAAAAUCCUUGCCCUGCGUGUUACACAAAAGCUCCCUCUAGAAAGGAAAACAUUAAACCCUCUCGUUGGAAAGUGGGCACAUUCCAGGAGGAACUAAACCGCGCGUGUGUGUGUGUUGUCAUGAGACCUUGGGGAUGUUGGAAUGGAGAACAAAAUCGUAUUAAUAUCGCGUUUUUCGAUGUUUUACCAAAACAAAAAGCCAAUGUGUGUGUGCGCUCCACAAUCCUCCCCCUUCCGUGGGUUAGGAAGUGGCAAGAGGAUGAGCCGCUGCCCCGUUAGAAGCGUUGUCGUACCUAUCGUUACAAACACACACACAACACACAUCAACAAGUAGAACGAAAUUAUAAUCCACACGUGGCAGUAGAGCAUUGAAGCUGCGUAUUGAUGUUUAGAUUUGGUUUAUUUUAUAUAUCAACAUGUUUAAUAAAGCAAUUGUAUAAGGCGACCUGUGUAUUGUAGAGGAUAAAACAGAAUAAGAAAAAAACACACACACAGACACACAAGAGAUGAUUGAAUCUACUGGUAGCUCCCAGGAGCGAUUUAUAAUAGUAGAAAAAGGAUUGGAAAUUCGAUCGAAACCCCCAUCAUCACACACACGUCGUAUUAUCGUUAAUUUCGGACUUCUUGCCCUUGUUUUUCCUUCUUCCGAUAGUAAUUGUUAAUUCAAUCGUUAUUGGUUAAACGAUCCGUAGGUUAAAAUUACGUUUAUUUUUGUCCUAUUAAAUAAUAUAACUAUAUUCUGUUAUCGCUUUGCCCGCUCACAAAUACUCCCGAGACACCCGAGAAAGAACAAAAACACACAACUACAAAAAGAAAUGCAAUGUUUAGUAUAAAAGAGAACCUCUAACCAAAUGUUAAUCUCGUGUAACGUAAAUUUGAACACAUAGCAACAUUAUUGUAAAACAAAAUAGUAUGACACAGAGGGAGAGAGAGAGAGAGAGAGUGAUGGAUUCCCAAAAUGUCUGUUAAGUAAUUUUCAUCGCCUAAAAGCACUCUCUCUUUCCCCUGUCGUUUUCAAAACCUGCCCCAAAAUAAAGAGUUCAACGAUGGCACUCUGU